CGUAACAUAGCAUUGUGCAACAGGUCCACCAUACGAAGACAUGCACUCCAGCAGCYAAAAGAAAUAGAUUGUAGAGAAGAAAACACCAAACGACCAACAUGGGAGAACUGGAACAACUCGCAAAAUGGAUCGAGGACGGCAAGGCAAAGAACAUUAUUGUUUUGUGCGGAGCCGGCGUCUCGACGGGUAAGAUGCCGUGUGAUUCGAUUCGAUUCGAUUCGAUUCGAUUCGAUUCGAUUCGAUUCGAUUCGAUUCGAUAGGAGCCAAUCGAUUUGUUUUCCAGUCAUGUUUUGUGAUGGGAACUGGAUCGAACUGGAUCGAACUGGAUCCAACUGUCACCGUCGAUCGGGGCGGGUUGUGUCCAGUGUUCGUUCCAACUGCAAUCCACACAGGCAGAAAACUAUCUAAUCUCAAUUUUCUGCAAAAACGCUCUGUCGCAUCGUCUUCUCUGAACUACACUGUACUCCAGGAGCGGGAAUCCCCGACUUUCGAAGCCCCGGAACCGGGCUAUACGACAAUCUUCAAAAAUACAACCUUCCAUACCCCCAUGCAAUUUUCGAGGUGAAUUACUACCGAAGGAACCCAGGUGCCUUUGUCUCGCUGGCCMACGAGCUGUGGCCCGGGAUCAAGUUCCGGCCCACACUCACGCACCACUUCCUCAAGCUCCUUGCCGACAAGGGCUUGCUGCUCCGCAUCUACUCCCAAAACAUCGACGGGCUGGAGUUUCUGGCGGGGAUCCCCGACGACAAGCUGGUGGAAUGCCACGGGCACUUCCGAACAGCCUCKUGCAUCGAUUGCCACGCCACCGCGGACGCCGCGGAGGUCCGGGUCACCAUUGUGGACCGCGCGGAAACKCCCAAGUGCUCGAAGUGUGGGGGCAACGUGAAACCGGACAUUGUGUUUUUUGGGGAGGACCUGCCGGACCGCUUCCACAAGCUCGUCAAGAAGGACAUGCCCAAGGCGGACCUGUUGCUGGUGAUGGGGACCUCCCUGCAGGUGGCGCCUGUUUCGAUGAUCCCCAAUAUGGUAAGGUGCAACCGGGUGCUCUUCAAUAGAGAUAAGGUCAUGACGAUUCGCAAAAAGAAGGAUCUCUUUGUCCCGGGGGACUGCGACAGCAACAUCCAGGCGUUGCUCGAUCUGCUUGGCUGGACCAUUGAUGGCAACGACGASGASGAGGAGGAGGAGAAAGAGGAAMCAACAACACCAAGCGCCGAGGCAAAAGACGAAGACGAACUCGAAAAAAUGUUUGGUAAAAUCCAAAUUGCAGAAAAGGAGGAAGGACAAAACAARGAGUAAAACAAUUAUAUGGCCAAGGAUUGGUCCGAGAGGAGAUUUUGGAAACAUGGCAAGCAGCUUCCAACGAUUCUCGACCWGAUUCUUUGGAAUCCAWCCACAUUACCUCGAGCCGUCGUCGGUGGCAUUGCUGUUUUUUGAAUCGAUCCAUCACGGCGUCCUUUUAAGUGUGAAAGAAUCGGUCGCGGAAGGGAAACCUCGGUAAAUCCACUCCUUUCAAAAGACUGUGGUCUUGAUCGAGGACAUGGUGGUACAGUACGAUGAAUGUAGAAUCAACCUGAAUAAGUAUCAUAGUGGCCG